GUGUGACGGGUGUGACCCGGGGGGUGAAUCAGGCAUAUACGCGUAUUCAUAUAUUUUAAAAGAUUGCCGUUUGUCUCUAAUCGUAGUCCGUGAGAGAAAUUCACGAUGUGGAGGGCUGCUGUGGGAAGAGACGUAAAGAUCGAAGAGGCUGCCCCAGAUGACGACUGGGAAACUGACCCAGAUUUUGUCAAUGAUGUCAGUGAACAGGAACAAAGAUGGGGAAGCAAAACCGUGGAGGGCUCAGGACGAACUGCCGGAAGUGUUGACAUGAAAAAGCUGCGUGAGGAAACUGAAAAAGCUGACCAGGAGAUGAAAAAGCAGCAGGGGCCAAAGAGCUCCCACGGCUAUGGAGGUCAAUUCGGCGUUGAAUCGGACAGAAUGGAUAAAUCUGCCGUGGGCCACGACUACCUGGAGAAGGUGGACAAGCAUGCGUCGCAAAAGGACUACUCGUCUGGCUUCGGCGGCAAGUUCGGCGUACAGAAGGAUCGCCAGGACAAGUCCGCCGCCGGCUGGGAUCACAUCGAAAAGCUGCAGAAACACGAGAGCCAGAAAGACUACAAGACAGGCUUCGGCGGGCAGUUCGGCGUACAGAAGGACCGCCAGGAUAAGUCUGCCGCCGGCUGGGACCACGUCGAGAAGGUCGAGAAGCACCCGUCGCAGAUCGACUACUCGUCUGGCUUCGGCGGCAAGUUCGGCGUGCAGAAGGACCGCCAGGACAAGUCCGCCGCCGGCUGGGAUCACCUGGAGACGGUCGACAAACAUGAGAGCCAGAAAGACUACAAGUCUGGCUUCGGCGGCAAGUUCGGCGUGCAGACGGACCGCCAGGACAAGUCCGCCGCCGGCUGGGAUCACAUCGAGACUACUCGUCUGGCUUCGGCGGCAAGUUCGGCGUACAGAAGGAUCGCCAGGACAAGUCCGCCGCCGGCUGGGAUCACAUCGAAAAGCUGCAGAAACACGAGAGCCAGAAAGACUACAAGACAGGCUUCGGCGGGCAGUUCGGCGUACAGAAGGACCGCCAGGAUAAGUCUGCCGCCGGCUGGGACCACGUCGAGAAGGUCGAGAAGCACCCGUCGCAGAUCGACUACUCGUCUGGCUUCGGCGGCAAGUUCGGCGUGCAGAAGGACCGCCAGGACAAGUCCGCCGCCGGCUGGGAUCACCUGGAGACGGUCGACAAACAUGAGAGCCAGAAAGACUACAAGUCUGGCUUCGGCGGCAAGUUCGGCGUGCAGACGGACCGCCAGGACAAGUCCGCCGCCGGCUGGGAUCACAUCGAGAAGGUGGAGAAGCACGAGAGCCAGAAGGACUAUGCCAAAGGCUUUGGCGGCAAGUUCGGCGUCGAGACCGACCGGCAGGACAAGUCGGCGCACGGCUUCGGCGAGGACGCUGGCCAGCGCGUCGGCACCAACUACGAGCGGACCAAGCCCGACCAGGAGGUGGGCGGCGCCGUCAAGGCUUCCAAUCUGCGCGCGCGCUUCGAGAACAUGGCGCGCCAGAGCGAGACGGAGGCGCAGCAGCGCGGCGAGGAGGAGCGCCGGCGCCGCCAGGAGCGCGACGAGCAGGAGAAGGCGCGCGCCGCCGAACAGGAGCGCUUGCGCCGCGACGAGUUGCGCAAGGCGGAGGCGCAGCGCGAAGCGCUGCUGCGCGAGGGUGAGGAGGCAGCGGCCGCUCAGCAGCGCCAGCGCGAGGAGACGCAGCAGGCGGCAGCGGCGCAGCAGCGCGAGGAGGCGGAGCGUGCCGAGCGCGAGCGUGCGGCUGAAACUGCGCGGCGUGGCGCCGAGGAGGAGGAGCGGCAGGCGGCCGAGCGCGAGCGGCUCCAGCACGAGGAGGAGGAGGGCCGCAAGGCGGAGAUGCGCCGACUGGAGGAGGAGACGCGGCAGAAGCAAGAGGAGGCGCGGGUGAAGGAAGAGGAGACGCGGCUGAAGGAGGAGGCGGCGCGCCGUCGCGCCGAACAAGAGCGCGUGCAGGCGGAGGAGCGCAAGCGCCAACAGGAGGAGGAGGAAGCGCGCAAGAAGCGCGAACAGGACGAGCGCAUGAAGCAGGAGUCGCUGCAGCAGCUGGAGGAGGCGCAGCGCAAGGCCGAAGAGGAGCUGCAGAGGAUGCGUGACAUGGAGCAAGCGCAGGACGCUGGCGGUAUCGUGCAGACGGGCGUCUCGGCUCGCGCCCUAUACGACUACCAGGCCGCCGACGACGAUGAGCUGACCUUCGACCCGGAUGACAUUAUCACAAACAUCGAUAAGAUCGACGACGGUUGGUGGCGCGGCGAGUGCCGCGGUGCUUAUGGCCUCUUCCCGGCCAACUACGUGGAGCUUCUGUAAGUGAUCUUUGCUCAUGGGAUGCCGCCGAUUGAUGAUGGGACGCCGCGAGGAGCCCGUCUUCUGCCUCCGGUGGGGACUCAGACAAGCAGCGCCGACGAAUUGUCAGCGGCGGCGGCGCACGGACGACCCCCUGUGGGAGUGGGCGGCGCGGUCUGAGCAGGCGGCAUAUUUCAUACGUGUAAUCUGCGCCUCACGGCUGGCGCGAACUUGUAUUGCCUUGUACGCUAGCGGGCAGUUCGGUAGGCUGGUGUAGCUGCCGUGUACAUGUAACGCCGCUGCGGAGCCGUGUAUUCUUCACUGGCAUGGAAUAAGCGUCGCUGAAGCCUAAACGUUAACUUGCUGGCCGGAUCUCGUGUGCUUUGUUGGCGUGGUUCGAGUAGACGACCGCCUUUUAAGUACCUACGCGAACGUCUGGUACAAAAUGUAUGUUUUUUUUUCUUCGGUGGCAAUGCGUGUGGCCAAGCCCAAUGUCGUCAUCGCACUGCCUCCCCCCCCCCCCCUCGCUUCCAUCGCACUGGGGGAGGGUGAGUUUUGAUCGCCCCGCGCAGAGGUCUUGUGACUAGUGUUACCGCGAUCCGGCGGUGUACGACACUGGAUCGGGAUGUGGAAAAUGAACAAAUGUAAUUUUGUGAUCGCUGAUUUAGUGAGAUUGAUGUCAACGUCGGCGCUGUAUGAUUAUCUUGCCGAAGCUGGUGUGAUCAGGUGGUAAACGAUUGCAAGUUCGCGACGCUGUGGCUUGCCUUUUUCCAGCCAGAUAGGCAUUUACAAGUCCAUGUGACUGAAAGUGAUUCGCUGAUUGCUUUGUGGUCUCCCCCCCCCCCCCCCCUCUCCACACGUCGUCCGGGUCUGCCGGCACUCUCCCACGCUCGCGCUCCCUCGCGAGUGCCCAAGCAGCCAGCCGAGGGCGCGGGUGGGAGGGCGGCGGACGCCACCGCAUUGGUUCCUCGUCGCGACGGCCCGGUGCGAGAUACCGUGGUGCAACGCUCCGCGUGCCGGUGCGGGAUAACCCGGCAUUGCUCCUUGUGCCGCUGUGGGAUGCCCCGCCACCGCUCUGCAUGCUGUCGCGGGAUGCCCCGGCAUUGCUCCGCGUGCCGUCGCGGGAUGCCCCGGCAUUGCUCCGCGUGCCGUCGCGGGAUGCCCCGGCAUUGCUCCGCGUGCAGAUGCGUCGAUGGAUCAGUCGCGGCAAUGUAUCCAACAAGAGCCGGCGGGACGUCGGGCGCGAGCGGGGGCCUUUUAUAAUCGUUGUUUUAUGACGCAUCGUUUAUUUAAUAAAUAAAUCCUGGCCUGGCACAGGCAAGAUA